AUGUCGACAUCCAAAGAGGUGGAUGACAAAAAGCAGCCCGGCUUCGUGCUAGGCGCAGAGGUUGAUGAGUCGGCCUCGCUCGAUACAAUCACUGCUCUCGUAGCAGAAGACCAUCAGCAUGAGAUCCAGCUCCGCACCAUGUCCUGGCAAAAGACCGCGGUCUUGCUGGCCGGUGAUCAAGUCUGCUUGGCGAUUAUGGCGCAGUCUUGGUCUCUCUCAGUCCUCGGAUGGGUGCCUGGAAUCAUCACGAUGAUCCUGGCAGGUGCCUUGUUCUGGAUCACGUCCAUCACCAUGCAUAAAUUUAUCAUGAAGCACCCGCAGAUCAAAGAUAUUUGUGACUUUGGGUACUAUGCGUUUGGUCAGAGUAAAUGGGCCUUUUACUUUUCAGCGUUCAUGCUGUUAGCCAACAAUAUCAUCUUGAUCGGAUUCCAUGUCCUUACCGGUGCUAAGGUCCUCAAUACUCUCUCUGAUCACUCGCUGUGUACGGCCGUCUUCUCGGGCAUCGUCACGAUCAUGGGCAUCGUCAUGUCUGCUCCACGCACCCUUCGCCAUGUCAGCUUCAUGUCCAUGUUCUCCUCCGCCUGCAUGGGCAUCGCCAUCUUACUCUUCCUCAUCUUCGCCGGCAUCGAAAAAGCACCUCUCUACGGCUACAAUGGUAACUACCCCAGCGACGGACCCGUCCGAACAUACGCAUUCCCACUCCCAGGAACAACAUGGGUCGCUUGCAUGAACGCCGUCCUCAACAUCACUUUCCUCUGGGUCCCCCAGAUCCUCUUCCCAACCUUCAUUGCCGAAAUGGAACGCCCACAGGACUUCCCCAAAGCCCUGGCCGUCCUGGCCGGCAUCUCAGCCAUUCUCUUCAUCGUCCCCCCGGCCAUUGGAUUCCGAUAUCUCGGCCAAUAUGCCACCGCGCCCGCUUUUGGCAGUCUCGGCGUCACCGCCUACAAAAAGGCCUCGUUCGGCUUCGUCAUCGUGCCCACGCUCAUCAUCGGCGUCAUCUACGCCAACGUCACGGCCAAAUUCAUCUAUAACCAGGUUCUGGGCCGGUCGCGGCAUUCGCACAGUAACACGUUGAUCGGAUGGGGCGUCUGGGGUCUGAUCAUGAUCGGGAUCUGGUUGAUUGCAUUUAUCUUUUCCGAAGUUGUUCCGAGCAUGGGCGACUUUCUCUCAUUGUUGGGCGCAGCGUUUGAUUCCUUUUUCGGAUUCAUCUUCUUUGCAGUGGCGUAUUGGCAAUUAUAUCGGGGGCGGCUGUUUGAUGGUCUGUCGAGGACGAUCAUGACGCUGAUUAAUGUUUUUGUGAUGAUCGUGGGCUUGUUCAUGCUGGGCCCGGGAUUGUAUGCCGCGGUGGAGGCGAUCAUUGCCGAUUAUGCGGGAUCGACAACCCCGGCGUUUACAUGUGCCAAUUUGUCGAUUUAG